UGCAGGCGUUUCUGAAGACAUCUCGAGCCAACUAAACGAAAGGACACCAGGAUGAGCAAACAAGAGAAUAUGGAAUUGGAUCUCGUAAUCCCAUCAACACUAGUUCAGAGCGACGGACACCUGAGACGAUCCAACAGCGCCCCAAUGAUUAAUGGCUUAAGUGAUAAUUCCCAGGUUUUCCACAGAGAGAUUCUACGCAGCAGGAGAAACAGCACCACUGUUGUCAACCGCCCUAAUAUGGUCCCUUCAUCGCCCAUUCGCGUCCCCAGCACAAGGCUUCAUCAGAUCAAACGGGAGGAGGGUGUGGAUGUGAUGAACAGAGAGACAGCCCAUGAACGGGAGGUUCAAGCAGCCAUGCAGAUGAGUCAGUCCUGGGAGGAGAGUCUGAGUCUGGUGAGAAAUGAUGAUGCUCCCAUGAGUGACAAUGACUUUGAGAAAUCUGCAUCGUCGUCCCCAAAGCGCAUCGACUUUGUGCCUGUGUCCCCAGCACCAUCCCCUACAAGAGGGAUAGGGAAGAAGCAGUGCUUCUCCCCUUCAUUGCAAAUCCUGGUGAGCAGCCACGGCCUAUCCCCCAGCCCUAUACCUAGCCCAACGCGACGCUUCAGCCGGCGGAGCCAAAGCCCCAUUCACUGCAUCAGGCCCAGCAUCCUGGGGCCCAUCAAACGUAAAGGGGAGAUGAUGGAGACUGAGAGCCAGCCAAAGAGGCUCUUCCAGGGGACCACCACAAUUCUGUCCUCUGAUGUACUCGUGCCCCAAGUCCAACUGCCAGACUUCACCUCCAGUCUCUCUCCGCCGGAUGUGCUGGACGGCAGCCUCAGCAGUGUGGGUUCUUCCACUGGCUCGCCAUCUAAGAUGGAGGGCAUCUCUGAGUCUCCUUCCUCCAGUAACUCUCCCUUCAACCCCCUCCAGGACCACUCCCCAAAAUGAACAAGGGAACAUGAGACUCUAAACAAGAGUGAAGGCACGAAAGCCACCUCAACUGUACGACACCCCCCCCCCCCCCAAAUCACUUUGCUUUAGCUAAUGUGGGAAUCCCUUCCCAUGCUGUUUGCUUUUGCUAGGGGAGGAGAGUCUAGGUAUUUGCAUUGAAAGGAAACCAAAGCCUUGGAUGU